AUGGAGACCCAUGAGAGCAAGAAGAGGAAGAUGAUCAUUAGCAAUGACGUUGAUGCUGCUGAAGCUGAUGAUGAAGAAGAGAAGAUUGAGAAGUUCUCUGCUCUUAUCAACAACAUCCGGGAAGCUCGUCACCGAUUGAUGAAUGGUUCGAAUGUAAUAUUGAAACGGGAAGAAAUGAAUGACAACAGAUCAAACAAGAAGAAGAAGAAGAAGAAAGUGGAGGAAGAGGAAGAGAAGGCCAUAGCUGACGUUUGGAAGCCAUCAUUUCAACCUGAAGAUUUAAUUGAAGAAGAGGCUCAUCAUGAGUUCAAAAUGCCACACGUGAUAUCUGGGAUUAGUACUACUAAUAAUUCUCAAAGCAGAGGCUGCUGUAACACAGAAAUUUGUAAACAAGGUAAUAAUUUAGAUCUCAGGCUGUCUCUGUAA